AUGGCAGGAGGAACAGCUACAUAUAAUCCCAUGAAAGUGCUGAUCUACAUUAUAAUGAUGUGUGAGGGACCCCUCAGAUCUGGGAAUGCCACCACCAACCCUGCCUGUCGCUUACAGAUUAUUAAAGCACUUGAGGAAUAUGAAUAUAUCCAGGAAGGAGACAUCAUGAUUGGUGGGGUGAUGUCUCUGAGUCUCUAUGGAUUUAGACAAUUGGAAACCAACCUGUUGGUGUGCUAUUCAACGGAUCUCAGGAAUUAUAGAUAUUUCAUGGAUUUUCUCUUUGUAAUAGAGGAAAUAAAUAAUAAUCCAGCCCUUUUAUCCAACCUGACCCUGGGAUACCAUAUUUAUGAUUCCUGUGGAUUUGAGCAGAAGGCUGUGAGGAGCGUAUUACAGAUAUUAUCUGGUACCAGGGAGCCGGUUCCCAAUUACUCCUGUGUGGGAAAGAGAAACAUUGCUGGGUUUAUUGGGGAUCUCAAGUCCAGAACUACCAUACCUGUAGCCCAGAUUCUCAACCUCUAUGGAUAUUCACAGAUCAGUUACGGAGCGACAGACCCAUCGCUCAGCGACAGAGCCGCCUUCCCAUACUUUUUCCGAACAGUACAAAGUGAUCACCAUCAUUAUUUUGCUCUAAGCAAGUUACUGAAAUAUUUUGGUUGGAACUGGGUUGGAAUUAUUACAUCUGAUGAUGACAGUGGGGAGAAGGAACGUGAACUGCUGACCAGAUAUUUCUCCGCUCAUGGGAUAUGUGUUGAGUUCACCAUAAAGAUCAUGGAGAUCAAUGAGAAUUAUGUUAACCAAACUGCGUUGUAUGAGCAAAUCAUUGAUGAAUCUUCAGCCAAUAUCAUUAUCCUUUGUGGAACCGCAAAUAUCGCCUUCUCUAUAAACUUACUAAGUCUAACAGACAGACUCAGUCAAAAAACCCUUAUUCUAACCUCCAAAUGGGAAUCUUUUACUCAUGUUUUGGAAUAUUGUUACAAAAUAUUUCAUAGGAGUUUGAUAUCUUCCCAACACUUCAUAUACCCAGUAUCUAUGUACAGAUUCUGGCAGUUUGCAGCAAGCAGGCAUCCUUCAAACUACCCUGAGGACACAUUGCUAAAGGAUAUAUUCAUGUUUUAUUUCUGUAUGCCAAGUAAUUAUACGUUACAUAGUUUUCAUGCAAAUCUUUAUCCGGUUCAGCUUCACAACUGCUCUGGAGAGGAACGACUUACAGACAUUGAAGACUUUAAUACUACUUAUCACUCUCCCAGUGUAUAUCUCGCUGUUUUUACAAUGUUCCGUGGGCUGCAGUCCCUUCUUAGCAAGCAAACUGCUGAAAGAACAGGGAUCAGUUAUAGGCACCAGUUACAUCGCUAUUUGAAAAACGUUACAUUUACAGACACAGAGAACAAAACAUUGUACUUUGAUAAAGAUGGAGAAUUUGUCACUCAGUAUGAGAUUCAGAACGUAUUCCUCGAUGAUAAUAAACCCUUGGUUUUGAAUCCGGUUGGAAUGUACACACCGUGGGCUCAACCAGACCAGAACCUUCAUAUAACAUCAGAGUUAAUCAGAUGGAAAAUAUCAGACAACAAGAUCCCAAAAUCUCAGUGUUCAGAAAAUUGCAGCCCUGGGUAUAGAAAGGCACCAGCACCUUCAGUUCACAGCUGCUGUUAUAGUUGUGUCCAGUGUUCCGAGGGGGAGAUCUCCAAUGUAACUGAUAGUGAAAAAUGCCUCAGAUGUCCUGCCAUAGAAUGGACCAAUGAAUGGAGGAAUCAGUGUAUUGCAAAAACAGAAGACUUUCUAUUACACGAUACUGAUGCAAUUGCAGUGGUGUUAUCAUCCCUAGCAGUUUCCCUUUUUGUCUUAACUCUUUUUAUGUUGGGAGUUUUCAUCACAUACCAGGACACCCCCAUAGUGAGAGCCAACAACCGGAGCCUGAGCUUCCUCCUCCUUGUCUCCAUCAAGCUGAGCUUCCUCAGUGUGUUUCUGUUCCUCGGUCGCCCUGUGGAUAUAACCUGCAUGCUGCGCAUCAUCACUUUUGGAAUCACCUUCUCCAUAGCUGUCUCUUCUCUCCUGGCCAAGACUAUCAUGGUUUGUGUUGCUUUCAAAGCCACCAAGCCAGGGAGCUCAUGGAGAAAAUGGCUGGGAGUCAAACUGUCCAAUUCUGUAGUCUUGUUCUGCUCAUCCAUUCAAAUAAUCAUCUGCAUGACUUGGUUGGCCAUUUCUCCUCCCUUUCAGGAACUGGACAUUCACACUUCCCCUGGAACCAUCAUCAUUCAGUGCAAUGAGGGCUCAGCUAUUGGCUUUUAUUCAGUUAUUGGGUAUAUGGGGCUUCUGGCAGCUGUUAGUUUUGUUUUAGCAUUUUUAGCUCGGAGCUUACCGGACAGUUUUAAUGAGGCCAAGUACAUCACUUUCAGCAUGCUGCUCUUCUGCAGUGUUUGGAUCACAAUGAUCCCGGCCUAUCUGAGCACCAAAGGCAAAAACACUGUGUGUGUGGAGAUAUUUGCCAUACUCACCUCAAGCGCGGGCCUUUUAGCCUGUAUAUUUCUGCCUAAAUGUUAUAUCAUUUUAUUUAGACCAGAGAUCAAUGUAAAAUCCCAUGUAUUUGGAAAAAACAUGUAA